AAACGGUUCUUCGUUUACGUCGAUGGACGGGACGCUGGCGAAUCCAGGAAGUGUAGCGAGCGCCAUACUGGCGAACCGAGACAGCAUCCUCUACGUGCACGGUUACAUGGAGAACACGGAAGCGGACAACGUUCAGAUAAUAAUUAGAGCCUAUCUGGACAGGGGGGACGUGAACGUUAUCCUGCUCGAUUGGGGGGACGUAACAAUCGACAUUAACUACGUCUACGUGGCCAGCCAGGUGCCGGCGAUCGGCAAAGCGGUCGCUGAAUUCCUCGAGAAGCUCUUCACUUUCGACGCUAUCGAUUUGAACACGUUCCACGUGAUCGGACACUCGCUCGGCGCCCACGUGGCUGGUCACAUAGGAAGAUUCCUCAACGGCACCCUUAAUCGAAUAACCGAUUUUGUGCAUGACGUGGAAGAAUUAUGCAGCCACCAAAGGUCCGUGAAGAUCUGGGCUGAGGCUCUGAAGAAUCCUAAAUCAUUCCCAGGACACAAGUGCUUCGAGAACAUAAUCGAGUACAAGAAAGACAGCGAGGAGGUGUAUUUCGGAGACGCCACGCCGUCUAAUCUUUACGGUGCUUACUGUUUCUCUACCAACAGCCAUUCACCGUUCGGCAAAGGGCCUUGACAUUUUCAAAUAUCAUCACCAGUCGAUAAAAAUAUGAAAGUGCGAUAGUUACCUUAGCUAACGCGUACAAUGUACCUAUAUACGUCCAUGUAUUCCUUUAAUUACCCUCGUCAGAAAGUGUCUUGUAAUAUUAAAUAAAUAAUAUAAAAAACAAUAAAAUAAAUUCUA